AUGGGUCCGCCUUCAAGACCUCCCGAUCGACCACAGAAAGAGUACGAAUACGACGUCACGGAUUCGCUGGCAGGUACGGGCAUCGAUUUAAGAGCUGAAGAGCAGUUUCUGUCCGAACUGUACGUUCCGGAAUCGAGAACCGGCUUCGCUCCUUACCCUCAAGGCAACAAGGGAAGCUUCUACGGCGCGGGUCCUGCGAACCAGCCUGCUCAGCCAGCCGGCACCGAUACUCAGAACCAGUUGGUAGCACAGGCGGCGGAGAAGGCAUGGCAGGAAUCCGCAAAGCGCCUGGCUCAGACCAGGACCAUGGAGUUGAACAACGCUUUCUUGCAAGUUCCCGUUGUCUACCGAAAAGCAGAGAAGUUUGCGAGAGAUCAAGGCCUGUUGCUCAACCUGGAGGUGAAGAAUAGCAACCAGCCUAUGGGGCGGAUGCGUCUGCCUGAGGAGUUUCCCACGCCUACUGUGACGGUAACCACCAAGAAAGGACCAGACUCUACUAUGGUGACAACGACAGGAACCUGGAUACCUCAAGAGGCUUUCUUGGUCGACCAGUUGGCACUGUUGUCGCUGGCUACUAAACAGCGGCUCAGAACGCUCGUGGAGGAUUCUCACCGGAUAGCGAAAAACCGUCAGACUUCGUCGCAUGGUGAAGUCCCAGAGGAGUGGCAAGUGGCUGCGGCACCACUCAAAAGCUCACCGGAGACUCAAACAGAGGAUGGAACACAGCAGAGUGCGACUGAGAAAGGCGCCAGUCCUCGCCCCAGCGCUCAGAAACGCCCUCUCGAAGAUGCUAGUUCCAGCCAGGCAAGCAAGGUUCAGAAGAUCUCUGCUACGAAUACCAUGAGUCACACAGUCCGCGAAGUAGGCAAGGCUGAGAGAGACUGGGAGGAGAGACGACUACGGAAGCGCAACGCCCGGAAGGAUGGAACCGCAGAGGUCGCAUCGACGCCAUCCCGUGCCGGUUCCGUUGCGCCUGGGACUCCUGGCGGUUCGGCACCUGAUUCGGAGAAGGCCAUCUCGAAGAAGGAACAGAAGAAACUUGAUGCUGUGAAGAAGGCAGAGGCUAGCAGCCAUGCAAAUCAGAACAUCACGAGUAGCAUGUUCGUCGGCAUGCCCAAGACAGGAUCGCUUUUCGGAAAGAAGAAAGGUGGCAAGUCAUACUCUUGGAUGACAGGCGGCAGUGGAGCCAGCACGCCGAGACUUGGCACGCCCGGAAAGGCGGGUGCCGCAGCCGCUUCGGGUCCUCCUGCUCCCGCCAACCACGCGCUUACCGUCGAGGGCCGCGCACGACUUGGAAACUGGCGCGAGGAUAAGGAAAAGGGCAAAAACAUCCAAGUACGAGAUUGGGUGGCAGCCCUGGAGGGUGACGAAAUCGAACUGAGGGCCAUGCAGGCGGCUUACGAUAAGCUGGACACAUCGGAGCCCAAAUAG